GUAAUGUAUUGCUUGUUAUAGCCGUAGUAGUAGAAGUGAUGGUAACAGUGCUAGUGGGAGUGGUUUUUGAGUCGCAACAACAUUCAUGCUCUACAGUUACACAUGCAAGUACAUAAAUGUUCUAACAUACACUGAGUUAGCCAUAGUAAAUACAUAGGUUUAAUUCAUAAUAUACCUGCAAGAAUACCUCGUGCAGAUCAUUGUAUAAAAAAUGAUUUUCUGAAGAAAAAAAAAAAAUGUAGUAAAAUAAUUUACUAUAUAAUUUCUACGACCGAACCUAUUCACGUACGAAGAGACGGAAGGGCGGGCGGAUUGAUGGGCUUACAGAGCUAGAUAAAUGGACCGGACAACGUAAAAACUGAUAGUCAGAUAAAUGGCUGGAGAUGUAGGUGAGAGGGGCAAUGGUUGCUUUAAUUUUUUAGUCUCUCUUUAUGUUCAAUCAGUGCUUCAGCUGCAGUCGUCCCACCAACACAAGAUCAAUGGUUUCUCGUGGCUGCCGAUCAACACUGGACACUUUACGCGCAUACAUAUAUAUACACAGUCCUUUUUUCUCUCUUCUCUUCCUGCCGUACUUCCUUCCUUUCGUCCCUCCUCACUCUCUCUUUCUCGCACGCACGCACACAACACACACAAAAGCAACAUUCUCGGAUCAAAUACUACAUUACAUUGCACAGAACAAUCCAUUCACUGUUGACAGCACUUGUGGUGGUAGUGCUGCUACUGCUGCCACUGGUCGCUUCUGCCGGCAUCGUUGUUAACGUACGUUAUCAACUUAACAGAUAUUAAGCUAUCUCAUCCGAUCGACUUACUCAGUACCUGCAAUCAACCCACCUAUUUUAAAGCGAUCCUUUUCUUUUCUCUGCUAUUUAUUUACGAAUUUUGCCCUGGAGUGCAAUAACUAGCACAAUUCCAUUGCAAUAACAAUCCAAACAUAGUUACUACUACAGAUUUUUACGGUAAAAAAGAAAAAAGGAAAAGAAAAAAUCUACAGAAACUCGAUUCUAGUUUUCACUGAUAUAGUGACAUGAAGUCUGAAGUACCUUUAUAAACAAAUAUUUCUUCAAACACGCAUACACAAGCUCUUAUUUGUAUAUAGUCGCAUGUAAAAUACACAUUAAGUACUUGUAUAUUUCGGAACAGAUACAUGUGUAAAGAGCGGGCUUCGUGUAUAUAUUUAUGAGUGAAACAGCCGACAAGAGAUAAGGCCGAACUACGGCAAUCAGUAAUAACAACAAAGGCAACACUACCACUAAAAAGUCGAUAGAGUGGCUACUUUUAACGAAAUAUGCCAGCGAGGUCAAGGCAUAGAAGGCUGUGUGCGGAUAGAGAUUAUUAUGAAGCAGUGUUGACAAAAUGAUCGGUCGUCUUUGGCUAACUGUGUUGGAUGUUUGGUGUAACCAUUGCCAAUACUGUGCUGUUUAUCUCUUCCUGCUCUGUUUAGCCUGGCCCGGUUACAUUGUAAUGGCCAAAGAAAAAGCCAUUUUAGAAAUUUUACUGUACCAACCGCCGAAAUCCGUUUCAGUGGAUUACAAACCACCCGCAAUCUCACCACCAGGUCCGGGUCCAGGUAUCCGACCGUCACCGCCAAUGAUGUCCGGAGGUAUACACAUAGGUCCUGAUAUACACCAUGAAUACGGUGAGAAUGGAAGAAGGGUAAAUAAAGUUGAAAAUAAUCCUGAGACGGGAAUGGAUGCGUUUGUUCCCUCUGGAAAUUUAGCGCAUCAGGGACUUAGGACAUACAAUGAAUACAAAUCUUACUGGUUGAGUGGACAUUUUUCACCUGCAGGGGCUGCUAAGAAGGCUGAAGGACCAAUUAUACAGGUUCAUCCUGUGGCAUUGUGUAAUAAUGAUGACUACAUGGCUUAUCCGGAACAAUGGGUUGGUGUUAUGAAAUUAGAAGGUUCACAAAUGGCUGGUUGUAUGAUGUCUAUGUAUGAAAAGGCUGAACGAGCAAUUGAGAAGGGAGCAACAGCAAUAGUAUUUGAUAUCACAGAAGAUCCAGAUGCAGCUCGACAGUUGCGCCGUUCUUCUCAAACACUACUGCAAAGACCAGUUGUGAUUAUUCGUGGUAGAGAAGCUGCCAAACUUAUGGAAAUUGUAAAUACUUCAAAAGGGAGGAGAGCGCGUGUACGGAUUUGGUUUACUACAGAAGAAAGACUUCCCGAUUCAGUAAAUCCAGUUAGUCAGACAAUAUAUCGAGCAAUCGUUGUAACAAUAUUUAUAAUAUUCUUUUUCGUGUGUCUUUCCAUUUUGUUAAAGUGGAAAUUCCGUCGGGAGAGGCAGACAUCUGUGUCUGAAUUGGCGAAGCGAGCAGUAUCCAAGCUGGAGACACGGAAAUAUACAGGAAGCAAAGGGAAAUUUUCACGUUCUUACACUCCAACUUCAGAUUUAUACAGUCAAAGUUCAACAACAGAUGCAUGUGCCAUUUGUCUUGAAGACUAUAGAAAUGGCCAGGAACUUCGUGUUUUGCCCUGUCAACAUGAAUUUCAUCGGAGCUGUGUAGAUCCGUGGUUGGUGACAAAUCGAACAUGUCCCCUGUGCUUGCAUAACAUCAUGGGUGGAAUUUCUCGGCAUGAUGUCACUAACAGUCAACCAAACAGCCCUACAGGUGGCAUUCCUUCCACUAGUAAUGCCAUCACAUCCACAUCAACGUUAGGUAAUAACAGUAGUAAUAACAACAGUAUUCAUCAACACCGUAAUAAUUUUAAUCAGCAUCACCAUCAUCAUCAUCAACUUGGUCCACAAUCAUCAAGUCAUCGCAACUCAGUUGGUAUCAAUGUUCCUGCAUACAGUCAGAUGGAUUACUUUGAGACUUUGGCCUCAUCUCGUCCAACGUAUCCUGGAAUGAUAUCCAGCACAGUUCGUGCUUGUCCCUCUUGUGAAAGCACCAGAGGUGGCUGUGUAGGUAACCCAAUGGUUAUUCCGUCCUCCAGUACUGCUACAGCAGGUUCUAAUCAACAUAACUCCAGUUUCUACAUGAGCACAAGCAUCAAUCCACAACCUCGUUCACAUUUUCUUCACUCAUUCCAAAACCGUACUUCUGGUCUAGAUUAUACUCAUGCGCUUCAAAGGGCACUUUACCUUGCUAAAUCAUAUAAUCGCCAUACUACCAAUGCAUCUAAGACAUCUGCUUCCCCUACUACUAAUGCUACAUCCAAAGAAAUAAAUGUUACUUCUAAAACAACCUCAUCAAUAGUGCCACAUUCAUUCCAAUUAAGUACUACCACUUCCAGUUCUGACAAUAUCUAUAGUAAUUCCCCUCUGAUUUUGGGUCGAACACGCUUUUAUCCUUCCCAAAAACUCAAUGCAUGUGAAAGUGACCCUGAGUAUUCUAGUAGUAAAAAUAACAUAAGCACAGUAGCAACAUGUGGUAGCUGGAGCUCGGACCAAAACCCUAGUAAUGAAAGUCUCCAGUGCAACUGUUGCCGUCGCAUGAGUGAUUCUACAUAUAUUGAUAGUAACCAAAGUACCUAUGGUAGCACUGACAUCAAGGAUCCUAGUGAUGUAAGCAGUUAUGAUUCAAAUGUAUAUCGGAGUGAGACACCAGAGAGUGUAAAAGUAGACCAGGCCAAUGUUGCUUCAUUACAAAGAAAGCAUGCAUCUUAUUUAUCAAGUGCAUACCAUCAGCGGCAACAUCAACAUAUUCGUAGAAAAAGAGAUAACUAUUCUUUGCACACCAAGACAGCUGAGUACCAUUUGGACUAUAGCAGUAGUAGUGACACAUCUGUUGGUAGCCAACUAACUGCUCAUGAUGGUAUCAACCCAACACGCAAAAUAUCUUCUUGUAACCUUAGUGAAGCUUCAUCAGAACAUUCACUGAGUCAGUUAUCGGCCAUAUCUGGUAGCGAUGAAAGUUUCUCUUCAGAAACUAGUCACAUUCUUGCUCAGACGAGUUGUGUUCCUUCUGUAACAACUAAAACAACAUCAGUAUCUGUGAAAUCAUCUUCCUGCAAGCCCAGUGCCAAAGAAGAAUUAAUGAAAAUUAGCAACACUGUGAUAAAACCUUUUAAUGACACUCAUUCAAAUACACCUGAUUGCCAUGAGAGCAAGCUGCCAAAGCAAUUUCCAAACCCUCAUUCCCGACAUAAAAACACACGACGACACAGCUCUGUUUUUCAUAACCGUCAUUCUGUCCCUUCUCUACGAAAUAAAUUAAAAACUUGUGGACUUCCUCUUCCACCUUCAGCAGCAAUAGUCAGUCCUCUGACUGGAGUCUUAACUGGAUUACGCCGAGGUGAAGAAAUAUGGGAGCACUACAGACUCUCUAAAGGCCGAGGCCAGUCUAGCACUAGUAAUUCAUCAUCUCCAUUACAUCACACUCUGCCAUCAGUCAGGUCAUCACAACUCAAAAUGAAAACUGAAAACAUAAUCUCCCCUCCUCAAUCAUUAGCCUCUAUACCUCCUCAGUUAUCAGCCUCUUCCAAACAAUCUGAAGAUACAAAUCCUUCCCUCUCUGUACUAUCCCCAUCCACUUCAAGAUUUUUGUCCUAUGAUCAAAAAUCUUUGUAUCCCACCACCACCAUUACUACCUCUUCCUCUACAACAACAACAACUGCUGGCUGCAGACCUGGUUUUUCACAUGAACGUGCAUGUCCAUGCUGUAAUAAUCAAAAGUUUAAUGUACCCAAUUCUAACCCUCGGAGAUCAAUGGUGCUAUUUACUGAACAUCAAGGUACAAUUGUCACACUACCUUUAGAAGAAGAAGAAAAUUAUGCUCCUUCAAAUGCAGUAUAAAGGAGAUCAGAGGACACUAGAUAAAAAUGAAGAGAUGAAAAUGGCAAAAAUAUUAAAAGACAGAAAAUUGAUUACUGAUUGUCAAUAUUUGACUGAUGUUUUUUUAGCGUGUUUAAUGAACACACAGCUAAAUUGUAACAUUCUUUGACAAAAUUUUACUAAUAUCUGACCAUAAUUCUGUUGUAAGGAUUAUUAAAUUGUUUAUAAGAAUAAACUAUGUGUGUAUGUAUACAUACAUGCACACAUGUGUGUAUAUAUGAUUUAUACGAAAGGCUUUUAAAUGAAAACUGCAAAAGUGGUAUAAAAUGUAUUUGAUUUUCAAUCCUCAGUUAAAUGAUAUUGAACCUUGAAUCCUACAAUUAUUUUCCCAAAAUAUUUAUAACUAGCAGUAUGAAAAUUUCAUAGAACUAUGUGAGAAAUAUGUGAGUUUAUUAUCUGUUAGCUUUUGCAGUUUUCUUUUGAAUGUUUCCUUGUGUACAAAGUAAAAUAUUUAGGAAGAUGAAUUAAAAAUAAAUAUUUAAAAAAAAGGUUACUUCUCACUCUUGUUUAACCUAAUAUAGUGAUCAAAAUUUCAGCUUAGUUUAUUUAUAUUUUCAUUAUAGUAUCUAUGUAACUUAUAUUCUUUUCCACAAAUUUAAAUAAAACAUUAUUUUUUUCAGA